GGACUAUAUCACGACGACAAGAACCAUCAUGCACGACAGACCAAAGCAGAAUCUUACGAGCAAGGUCGCGAUAUGCUUAAGCCCUUUGAUCCCAGCGUAUCAUACGACUAAGGGAACGGUGCUACGGGAGUUAUCCAAGGUAACCCGACAUACCCCGGACUUCGAAAUACUGCAGAAAUACAAACAAGGCAAAGAGUUCAUCAUGCUUAGCUCGCUGUAUCACGAUAGUGGCGCAUACGAAAACCCAUUAGGGCCUGCAAAAGAAGGUACAAGAAAGGGUAAACCGUGUACCCCAUGUUCUCCUGCACCGGAGCGUAUCGACUGGAAGAAUUCUUGUCCUACCCACUACCCAGUCAAAUAGUAAGAAGUGCUGGAAGAUUGUGCAAGAAACGCCUCGGUUGGAAGCAAAGCGAGCCAAACUUGGGGUGGGCGGAUCUCAAGAGUACAGAAUACCUCCUUGCA